UCCGUUCGGACCAAAAUAGCAGGGGUUGAGAAACUGGUCAGAAAUGGCUGCCACCGGAGUUCUUCCCUUCAUCAGAGGGGUAGACCUCAGUGGGAACGACUUCAAGGGAGGAUUCUUCCCUGAACAUGUGAAGUGCAUGAGCAGCCUCCGAUGGCUGAAACUGAACAGGACAGGACUUUGUUACCUGCCAGAGGAGCUGGCCUCUCUGCAGAAACUGGAACACCUUUCAGUGAGUCACAACAGUCUGACCACUUUACAUGGAGAACUCUCCGGUUUACCAAACCUCCGGGCGGUGGUAGCUAGAGCCAACAACCUGAAAAAUUCUGGAGUUCCAGAUGACAUCUUUCAGCUUGAGGACUUGUCUGUGCUGGAUCUGAGCUACAAUCAGCUGACUGAGAUCCCCCGAGACCUGGAGAACAGCAAGAACAUGCUGGUGCUGAACCUGAGCCACAACACCAUCGACUCCAUCCCUAACCAGCUGUUCAUCAACCUGACAGACCUGCUGUAUCUGGACCUGAGCGACAACAAGCUGGACAGCCUGCCGCCGCAGAUGAGGCGCCUGGCGCACCUGCAGACUCUGGUUCUGAACAACAAUCCACUCAUGCACGCCCAGCUGCGGCAGCUCCCAGCCAUGGUGGCGUUACAGACGCUUCACCUGAGGAACACCCAGAGGACGCAGAGCAACAUGCCCACCAGCCUGGAGGGCCUGACGCAGUUAGCAGAUGUCGAUCUGUCCUGCAACGACCUGACUCGGGUACCAGAGUGCCUCUAUUCAUUGGGCAGCCUGAAGAGACUCAACCUGAGCAGUAAUCAGAUUUCUGAGCUCUCCCUGUGUAUCGACCAGUGGACCCAGCUGGAGACGCUCAACCUGAGUCGCAAUCAACUCACCUCUCUGCCUUCUGCCAUCUGUAAGCUGUCCAAACUCAAGAAGCUGUACGUCAAUUCUAACAAACUGGACUUCGACGGACUUCCUCCCGGUGUGGGCAAGCUGGCCAGCCUCACCGAAUUCAUGGCUGCGAACAACCACCUGGAACUCAUCCCUGAGGGUCUCUGCAGGUGUGGUAAACUGAAGAAGCUAGUGCUGAAUAAGAACCGCCUGGUGACGCUGCCUGAAGCCAUCCAUUUCUUGACAGACUUGGAGGGUCCAGCCCCAGAGAUCACCUGGCGAGGAAGAUGAGGCUGAGGAGGAGGAAGGACUGUUCUCAGGACGAUCAGGCGAAACAGGUCCUGAAAGGAAUGAGUGACGUCGCUCAGGAGAAAAAGAACAUGGAGGAAAAUGGGGACUUGAAAUAUGGUGAUUUAAAAGUGCGCCGCUGGGACAAGAGUCUGGAAAAACCUCAGCUGGAUUACUCAGAAUUCUUUCUGGAAGAUGUGGGACAAAUUCCAGGUGUAUCUGUGUGGCAGAUAGAAAACUUUGUUCCCGUACAGGUGGACGAAACUUUCCACGGAAAGUUCUAUGAGGCCGACUGUUACAUCAUCCUGAAGACCUUCCUGGACGACAACGGGGCGUUAAACUGGCAGAUCUUCUACUGGAUCGGUCAGGAAGCCACACUGGACAAGAAGGCGGGCUCCGCCAUUCACGCCGUCAACCUGAGAAACUUCUUGGGAGCAGAGUGCAGGACGAUUCGAGAGGAGAUGGGAGACGAGAGCGACGAGUUCAGCGUCGUGUUCAACCACGACAUCUCCUACAUCGAGGGAGGAACAGCCAGUGGCUUUUACACUGUAGAGGACACAAAUUAUCCUGCCAGAUUAUACAGAGUUUAUGGGAAGAAAAACAUCAAACUGGAGUCUGUGCCAGCGAAGGCCUUCUCCCUCGAUCCUCGCUAUGUGUUCUUGUUGGACACGGGGCUGGAAAUUUUCAUCUGGAGAGGAGCCAACGCUACUCUGGGUGGCACGACGAAGGCCAGGUUAUUCGCUGAAAAGAUCAAUAAGAAUGAACGGAAGGGGAAAGCAGAGAUCGUGACCCUCAUGCAGAACCAGGAGCCGCCAGGAUUCUGGGAGGUUCUGGGAGGACAACCGGAAGAGAUCAAGAAGCACGUACCAGACAACUUCACUCCCGUCAGACCUAAACUAUACAAGGUGGGCCUGGGUCUGGGCUACCUGGAGCUGCCUCAGAUUAACUACAAGCUGUCUGUUGAGCAUAAAGACCACAAGAUCAAGCUGGACACGCUGCCAGAGCUCAGACUGCUCCAGUCCCUGCUGGACACCAAGUGCGUGUACAUCCUGGACUGCUGGUCGGACGUCUUCAUCUGGAUCGGGAGGAAGUCGCCUCGUCUCGUCCGAGCCGCCGCCUUAAAACUAGGCCAGGAGAUCUGCUCCAUGCUGCACCGGCCCAAACACGCCUGCGUCACCCGCAACCUGGAGGGCACCGAGUGCCAGGUGUUCAAGUCCAAGUUUAAGAACUGGGACGAUGUGUUGAGGGUGGACUACACCCGAGCUGCUGAGACCGUGCAACAAAACGAUAACCUGCAGGGCAAGGUGAAGAAGGAUGCAGAGCAGAAAGACCAGAUGAAAGCUGACCUCACGGCCCUCUUCCUCCCUCGGCAACCCGCCAUGCCCCUCUCUGAGGCUGAACAGCUGAUGGAGGAGUGGAACGAGGACCUGGACGGUAUGGAGGGCUUUGUGUUGGAGGGAAAGAAGUUCACGCGCCUGCCUGAGGAGGAGUUCGGACACUUCUUCACUCAGGACUGCUACGUCUUCCUCUGCAGGUACUGGGUGCCUGUGGAGUACGAGGAUGAGGAGAAGGAGAAGAAGGAGGGCGGUGAGGCAGGCGGUGGAGGAAAAGGAGCUGAGGAAGAGGAGGACAAACAGCCCGAGGAAGACUUCCAGUGUGUGGUGUACUUCUGGCAGGGCAGGCAGGCCUCAAACAUGGGCUGGCUCACCUUCACCUUCUCACUGCAGAAGAAGUUUGAGAGUCUUUUCCCUGGAAAACUAAAGGUGGUGCGAAUGACCCAGCAGCAGGAGAACAUCAAGUUCUUGGCUCAUUUCAAAAGAAAGUUUAUCAUCCACAAAGGCAAGCGGAAACAGAACACCGACUCGGUCCAGCCCUCCCUCUACCACGUCCGCACCAACGGCAGCGCGCUUUGCACCAGGAGCAUUCAGAUCGGCACAGACUCCUGUAACCUCAACUCAGAGUUCUGCUUCAUCCUCAAGGUUCCCUUUGAGAGCACAGACAACCAGGGCAUCGUGUACACCUGGGUGGGCMGAGCCGCCGAUCCUGACGAGGCCAAACUGGCCGAGGACAUCAUGAACACCAUGUUCGACGACACGUACAGCAAACAGGUAAUUAAUGARGGGGAGGAGCCUGAGAACUUCUUCUGGGUUGGGAUUGGCUCGCAGAAACCGUACGAUGAAGAUGCGGAAUAUAUGAAACACGCUCGGCUCUUCAGGUGCUCAAACGAGAAGGGUUACUUCUCUGUUUCGGAGAAGUGCUCGGACUUCUGUCAGGACGAUUUGGCCGAUGAUGACAUCAUGUUGUUGGACAACGGCAAAGAGGUGUACAUGUGGGUCGGCUCUCAGACCAGCCAGGUGGAGAUCAAACUCAGUCUGAAAGCCUGCCAGGUUUACAUCCAACACAUGCGCUCCAAAGAAGCCGAACAGCCGAGGAAGCUGCGCUUGGUGAGGAAGGGCAACGAGCCUCACUGCUUCACACGCUGCUUCCACGCCUGGGGUCCUUUCAAAACCCCCCCAUCCUAGGCCCAACGCUACGAAUAACCCACGCACUCAUCCAGUCAAUGCUGCCAUGUAGUUUGUUUUUUUUAAACCAGUAAGACAUAUCUGUGCCUGUCCUCCAUCCUUCACUGCAGCCUUUGACCCAGCAGGUUUCUAAACAUCCCAAGUAGUUGAAAAUCGUMUGGAUAAACACAGGUCAAAAUCAGAGAUAUUUUUUUUUAACCAUCAAAUGAUUUUAUGCAAGCUUAAAUUUUAUGAAAUGAAAGAAUAGUUUAUGAUGUAGAAAGGAUUUGUUUCUCUGGACAGAUUCCGAUAUGACAUCUGCUCACAGGUUUAAGGUAAAAACAAGCUGAGUUAAAUUGGGUUGUUUUCAUUUAAACAGAAAACAGCCUCUGAGGAAUGUUUGAAUAUACUUUAGAGAUGGGCUUUGUUUUGUUUUUGUUCUUGUUUUCACCUCAAUUUUCUUUUAACACUGAGUUUUGGUCACUCUUCUCACCCUCUGAAGUUUUGUUGUGGGACGGGAUUAUCACAGUUUAUUUGGCCAAAGACGUUUUGUGGAGAUCAGGGAUUUAAGACUGGGAUAGUUUUUUUUUUUUACACUUCAGUACAGAUCUUUAAAAGUGCAAUCAGGAAAAGUCUGGGAGAAAGGUAAAUACUGUAUUCUGCUGUGGGCUGAUUUCACUCAGAAAAAUGUUUAUUUUUAAGAAUCUUUUUUUUUUUUUCCCCCAAACUUUGUAGCCAGAUGAUCUUUGAGCAUUGCUUUUAUUUUUGGGAAUAAAGCACAUUCAAUUUAAAUGCAGAGGCUGUUCUGAUCAUGUGACCUGUGUUGUGUGCAGGCAUUGGUCCAAACAACAGCUCUUAUUUGUUUUCUUUUUAGKGGGGGUGGGGUGGAUUGUGCACAUGCUCCUGAUACCACCUGCAGAUGCUUUAUUUAUGUAUUUUAUAUUAAAAAAAGUCACAUUA